AGACUCCGGCGCUGGAGUGAGGCGAGAGAAGGGAGGGGGACUAGAAUAGAGUGCUCGCCAACGGCCUACUCUCCAGGCCGGCCCGCCCCGCGCAGCCGCAUCCAAUCACAAAUCUCAGGAGUGGAGAUGGAGCCAAUCAGGUCCAAUCAGGAGGAGGGGACGUCGGCCCUCCACUAGAAGAGCUAGAGGCCGAGAAACGCAGACCCUGGUCCUCUUCCAACGAAAACCAAUCGCAAGCCAGAUACAGGCGAGUGACGGUCAAGAAGGCCAAUUAGACCCUCCGGAGGGAACCUGGCCCGGCCUCUUCUCUGAGGGACGGCUCUACCUACGAAUACCAUGGGCGAGAAGUCGGUCCCUUCGCUAAGGAGGAGGCGGGUGAAGCGGAGCUGCCCUUCAUGUGGCCCAGAGCCUGGGGGUGAAGAGAAGAAGAGGAGAGGAAAACCUACAUCUGUUCAGUUGUUCCCCCCAGAGCUGGUGGACCACGUCAUCUCAUUCCUCCCAGUCAGAGAUGUAGUCUCUCUAGGCCAGACCUGCCACUACCUCCACGAAGUGUGUGACUCUGAGGGCGUGUGGAGACGCAUGUGUCACCGGCUCAGUCCUCGCCUUCGAAAGCAGGGUUCUGGGGUCCGGCCCUGGAAGAGAGCUGCAAUUCUGAACUACACGAAGGGCCUGUAUUUCCAGGCAUUUGGGGGCCGCCGCCGCUGCCUCAGCAAGACUGUAGCCCCCGUGCUGGCCCAUGGCUACCGCCGCUUCUUGCCCACCAAGGACCACAUCUUCAUUCUUGACUACACGGGGACCCUCUUCUUCCUCAAAAAUGCCCUGGUCUCCUCCACCCUUGGCCAGAUGCAGUGGAAGCGGGCCUGCCGCUAUGUUUUGUUGUGUCGCGGAGCCAAGGAUUUUGCCUCGGACCCGAGAGGUGACACAGUUUACCGUAAAUACCUCUACGUGUUGGCCACUCGGGAGCAGCCGGAAGUGGUGGACACAACCCACAGCCAGUCCUGUGACUGUGUCGAGGUCUACCUGCAGUCCAACGGGCAGCGGGUCUUCAAGAUGACCUUCCACCACUCCAUGAGCUUCAAACAGAUUGUGCUGGUUGGUCAGGAGACCCAGCGGGCCCUGCUGCUCCUCACAGAGGAAGGAAAGAUCUACUCUUUGGUAGUGAAUGAAACCCAGCUGGACCAGCCACGCUCCUAUACAGUUCAGCUGGCCUUGAGGAAGGUGUCCCGUUGCCUCCCUCACCUGCGUGUGGCCUGCAUGGCUUCCAACCAGAGCAGUACUCUCUACAUUACGGACCAGGGGGGAGUGUAUUUUGAGGUGCAUACCCCAGGGGUGUAUCGUGAUCUCUUUGGGACCCUUCAAGCCUUUGACCCCACGGACCAGCAGAUGCCGCUUGCGCUCUCACUGCCUGCCAAGGUCCUAUUCUGUGCUCUUGGCUACAAUCACCUUGGCCUGGUGGAUGAAUUUGGCCGAAUCUUUAUGCAGGGAAAUAACAGAUAUGGGCAGCUGGGAACCGGGGACAAAAUGGACCGAGGGGAACCCACACAGGUACAUUAUCCGCAGCGCCCCGUCGCCCUGUGGUGUGGCCUCAACCACUCCCUGGUGCUGAGCCAGGGCUCAGACUUCAGCAAGGAGCUGCUGGGCUGUGGAUGUGGGGCCGGAGGCCGCCUGCCAGGCUGGCCUAAGGGAAGUGCCUCCUUCGUUAAGCUCCACAUCAAGGUCCCUUUGUGUGCCUGCUCCCUCUGUUCUACCAGGGAGUGCCUCUACGUGCUGUCCAGCCAUGACAUCGAGCACCAUCCCACCUACCGGGACCUACCAGCCAGCAGGGUGGCAGGGACCCCCGAGCCCAGCCUGGGGGCCGGAGCAGCCCAGGACCCUGGGGGGGUGGUGGCCCGGGCCUGUGAGCAGUACCUCAGCCAGAUCCACAGUUGCCCCACAUUGCAGGACCGCAUGGAAAAGAUGAAGGAGGUCGUGGGCUGGAUGCCCUUGAUGGCUGCACAGAAGGAUUUCUUCUGGGAGGCCCUGGACAUGCUGCAGAGGGCUGCUGGAGGGGUUGGCCAAGGCCCCCCAACACCUGACAGCUGACCCCCCUCUCCUGGUCUCACCCCUGGAGGGAGGGUCUGGCCCUGGGCCAGGGGCUAAGGAGAGGUGGAAUGACAGCAAUGAAUGCUGUGUGUGUGUGCGUGGGGAGGGGGAUGCAGUGGGCUAGGGCCUGCUGGACAUGCCAGGGUGGGCCAGGAACUGUUUUGUAAAAUGUUCAGGGGGCUGCCCAGGAGGGGCCCCCAACCUGACUAUCAUGGACAAAAGAUUUGAUGGACAAAUAGAAUAAAGGCUGAAGUGAGGCCUGGUUUGUAACCCUGGGGCCUGGGAGGAACGUGGGGUGGGCAGGCAGAGUGGACGCAGCUCUGGCUGUCAGUUGCUGCAGAGCUGACAGCACCUGGAUCCUUCAGCUUCCUUCUCCCGCCAACGCCAAGACCUGAUGCCUACUUGGUUCCCCCACUUGGAUCCUCUGUCCAUCAGACUGAGGAAGGGGCUUCCUCUGACUUCAGGAUGCUUCCUACCCAUUUCCCUUCAUCCCUGUGAAGCCAACCACCCCCACCCCAACCCCGCCCCCGCUCUCCUCCUCCUGUUUCCCUUCCAGAUCUGAUCUCACAUGUUGUCCUUUCCCUUACUUUCUACUCCAUCCUCCUCUUCCUCAAUAAGGAAGACACUCCCUUUACCCACAUAGCAUGCCUCCCUGCCCCCAUCCAUACCUCCAAAUAUUUGGGAGAGAAG